AUGAGAAACAGAGCCAUCGACUCGGCAAAUCAAAUUGCUUGGAUAGCCGGUAACUCCAUGGCCCGCCGCAUAAAGGAGAUCGAGACAGAGUCCGCUGCACAUAAACAGGAGCUCACGUCUGUACGCAGCGAGCUCAGUGAAAUUAAGGCCCUCAUUGAGAGAAACAAAUCGGAUAAAAUCUAUAGUGACGGACAGACAGAUCUAAACUCACUCACAGCUACAGCUCUUGACCCAAUAAUGCAGGAGAUUCGCAAUCUAAGGGCGGAGCUGACUAAGCGGGAAGAAGUCUGUUCCGCAACGCACGUCACUAAAGAACAAUUGGAUAGGAUUCUCGAUGAUAAGAUAGAAGCCAUAAAAGCCGAUAUCUCCACAGCAAAAACUGCCAUCCUAGAUAUGAAAGAGGCUAGACACGAGGAAGUCAUGGCAAUAAUGCACGAACAAGGCACUGCUCUUGACACCGAAGUUGCUCUCAAUGAAAUAAAGGAGCAAAUUAAAGAAGUCCAGACUAAAAUACAAGAAAACGCUAAGGCGACCAGUGUAGUUGUGAACGGACCAAAUGCGAAGAAGCAGGAUGAUCCGUCAACUGCAACUCUAGCACCUAUCAUAGAACCCAAAUCAGGAAAUCAGAUCAACAAAAAUAAACCGCGUCGUCCCAGCAGUUAUGCUGAAGCCUUAAGAAAACCAAAUUACGCGGUCUUAAUUGAAUCGGCCGAUCCCAGGAAAACGUCUGAUGAUGUUAUAAAUCAGGUAAAACAGAACGUUAACGUCAUCGAUUUAGGUAUUGGCGUAAACAGAGUAACCAAGAUCAGGAACCAAAAGGUUGUUAUGGCAUGCGGGUCCCAAGAAGAACGCAGAGCCCUUCAGGAGGCGAUACGCCAAAAAUGCUCACAGAUCUCGGCUAGAAGCACAAGGGAUAGACUCCCACAAAUUAGGCUUGUCGGAGUAGUAAAUAGCCUCACAGAUGAACAGAUAGAGAAAGCGGUCACCAGCCAAAAUCGACAUCUGCUUGGCUCCCUCCCUCCCAAUUCGCAGGUCAGGACACUACGUAGGACCAAAGGUAGAACACAGGAAAUCAAGAACGUGAUUCUGGAAGUAUCGCCUCCGAUAUGGAAAGCAGUUCAAGGACAAAAGCUUCACAUCGGCCUGCAACUGGUGCCUGCAGUCGAUCAGUCGCCUCUUACCCAGUGCUACAAAUGCAUGGGAUAUAAUCACAGGGCGGCUGAAUGCAAUGAGCAGAUCAGAUGUGGGCAUUGUGCCCAAGAGCAUGAUACCAGAGUGUGUCCAAAUAGGAACUUGACCCCUCAGUGCUGUAACUGCAAAAAGGCAAAGAGAGACCUUGAGCCUCAUCCAGCAUACAGCCAAGACUGCCCUGACUGGCAGAAAUGGGAUGGAAUAGCAAGGGAGCAAAUCAAGAUAGCACAAAUUAACCUUGGGAGGGGACAUUCCGCCACACAAGAAUGCCUGAGAGAAGCCAGUCAGAAAGGUUACUCAGUCUUGCUGCUUCAAGAGCCUUACGUUGGCUCCAAAGGGUACUUAAGCGUUGGUAGUAACAGUCGAGUCAUACAAAAGCUACAUAACAGAAGCCACCCGGUAAGGGCAGCCAUAGUCAUACUAAAUCCAAGUAUACGCAUAAUAGAAAGUCAAGACUGGACCACAGAGGACAUGGUUGGAUUAAAAAUCAUCGUUGGUAACGUGACGUAUACUUUUGUUAAUGUUUACCUAGACAAGACGCACAACAUUGAACAAACAAUGAACACUCUUCGUAAAAUUGUUGACUCGACUGGUACUGCCAACCUCCUCAUUGCGGGUGACGCCAACGCCAAAAGUCCGUGGUGGGGAUGUGAUACCGAGGACGAACGAGGCAGCAAAAUAAUGGACACGUUUGCAGAGCUUGGGAUGGAAGUCCUCAAUCAAGGGUCGCAACCGACAUUUCUGGUGUAUCGACAAGGACAACCAUGCCAAAGCAUCAUUGAUAUUACGGCCUGCUCGUCACAGAUCCUCAACACAAUUACAGACUGGCGAAUAAACCCAAGCCUCUGCUCGUUGUCGGAUCACAUCCCGAUUACCUUUAAUCUUAAAGCCACUACAAAUCUUGAUACACACUCUGGUUCGUCUACACGGGUAUUCUUUACUGCAAAAGCCGACUGGAGCAAAUUUGAAGAAGCACUUACUAAUAACCUCCAACAACAGAACAUCACCACUGAAACAAUAUCGAACACAAAUAACACUACUGAUCUUGAAAAUUUAAUACGGAAAUUUCAUGACGCUCUAACCGGUGCUUGCAACGACUCGAUUCCCAAGCUACAUAGUAAAAAAUCUAUAAAUACUGCAAAGUGGUGGACUUCAGACCUCUCUAACCUAAAAGCAGAACUUAAGAGAAGCAGAAAUAGAAUAAAGAAGGCAAACGCCAAUGCUAGAAGCUUUGUAGUACAAGAAUACCUAAGGAAAAAAGAAGAAUAUAAGAAGGAGAUACAGCAAGCGAUUACAAAAAGUUGGAAAGAAUUCUGUACGGGUGAAGAAAGAGAAACGAUCUGGCAAAGAUCCUACAGAAUCAUAAAACACUCCAGCAAAGAUGUUCGCGAAAAACUGCUAACGGACAAUAACGGUACCACACUCUCGGCGGAUGAGUCUGCAGCCCUCCUAGCCAACACCUUUUUUCCAGAAGAUGAUCCUACAAAAGACAAUCACGAACAUACUCAAAUCAGGCAAAAAUCAAUAGAAAUCUCAUCAAAGAAUCUACCCAUCGACAGGCAAAUUGAUCUUUUUACUGAACAGGAGUUACGCUCAGCAUUACAGCAUGCGAACUCUAAAAAGCCCCAGGUUCGGACGCAUUCACUGCAGACAUCUGCCAAAAAGCCUUUAAGACAUGUCCUGAAGUAUUGCUAG